AUGUCCCCCCCUGUCCCUGUCCCCAUCCAGAGCGUCCCCUUCCUGGGGUACAUUUUCGGGGGGCUGAGCGGGGGAAGGAUGGUGAUAAUCCAGGGGCGAGUCCAGCCCCAGGCAAAGAGGUUCCACGCCAACCUGUGGAGCAGUGCCUCGGGGGACCUGGUGCUGCACGUCAACCCCCGCCUGCGCGAGGGCGUGCUGGUGCGCAACACCCGCCAGCACGGGUCCUGGGGGCCCGAGGAGCGGCAGACCACCGGCCCCAUGCCCUUCCAGCGUGGGCAGCCCUUCCAGGUGAGCCGCCACCUGCACCUGGCUGUAGGCCUGGCCCCCGUUGUGGUCCCAGUCCCGGUCCUGGCCUUGGACAUGGUCCUGGACAUAGUCUUGGUCUUGGUCCUGGUCCUGGUCCUGCUGGAGAUCCGGCUGCUGAGCCAGGCCUUCGCCCUGUGGGUGAACGGGCGCCACAUCUGCGACUACAGCCACCGGCUGCCACCGGCCACCAUCGACCAGCUGGAGGUGGCCGGGGAUGUCACCCUCGCCUGCGUCACGUGCUGA